CGUGAAACGUCAGUGUCAUUCUCAUUAGGAUUUUUGUCAAUAAAUCAAAAAUAUCAUGUAAUAAUAAUUUAAUUUAGCUUUGUCCUUUAUUAUUUUUGUGUGUGAAAGCGUAUUUUGGGCGGAGGCGGUUCAGUGGUGGUUUUGGUUGAAAAAAGUCACAUCGGAGCGCUGCUAAAAUGUUCACGUUUUUUGUGAAAUUGUGAAUUAAUUGCGGCAAACUUUUCGUUUCAGCUAAAAUGUACAGCUGUAGCCAUUUAGCGACAGCGACGAACAUUCCCAUCGCAAACAUCCUCAAUUCGAUCGAGAGGCCCGUCUGUGCCGACUGUGGCUGCACGAAACCGAACUUAUGGAUCUGCCUGUUUUCCAACUGUUUGCAGAUCUGUUGUGGGGAGAAAUUCAACGAUCACAGCACUAUCCAUAAUUCCAAAAACCCCACACAUUGCAUUCACAUGAACCUCGUAACGAAACGAAUAUGGUGUUACGAGUGCAAAGGCGAAGUCUUCAUGGAGCAACCAUCUGCCGUUUCCUCCACCGUUCCCUCAUACGACAGCGAUCCAGAAAUGGAAGGUUGCACCUACAAAUCGCGCGAUUCCGGUCAUGGCAGCUACAGCACCCUUCGUACGAACACUCCAGAACGAAUGAACGUCUUCGCUUUCGAAAAAACAGUCGGUCUUAACGUCGGAAUGAGCGGAGAUGCGUCGGACGCAAGCGAUGCCGAAGACUCGACAGAGUACAGCAUUGAUAGACCGGUCGGUCUGGUCGGUCUACAAAAUAUCGGAAACACGUGUUAUAUGAAUGCAGCGUUGCAAGCUUUAAGCAAUGCCAUUCCUUUGACACGAUUCUUCCUCGAAUGUGCCACCACAGUCCAGAUCUUAUCCGAAGGGAAGAAACCGGGUCUGAGCAGGACUUACCAGACUCUAAUCCGGGAUAUGUGGAAGAAGAACGGGGGUUAUGUCACCCCGUCUGGGAUUUUAUACGGGAUCAGGAGUGUCUAUCCAAUGUUUCGGGGUUAUUACCAACAUGACACUCAGGAGUUUCUUCGCAAUUUUAUGGAUCAGUUGCAUGAAGAGUUGAAACAGGUGGCACCACCUGAGGUGGCUACGAUGACCGAUUCGGACACUUUUAGUCUAGCGAUGGACGAACCUGCGCUCAGUUCGAGCUAUGAUUCGAGCGAAGGGGAAUAUGAAACGUGUGAUUCUGGGGUUAGUGAAAGGUCUAGUCUGAGCGAUGAUACCGAAAGACCGGCAAGUAGCACGAAGAGGAGGCUGAGUCGGUCGUCCAGUCCGGGGAGGAGGAUACGGACGAGGCUACAAAGCAACACUAUGGUGAUAGACUCGCAGCCGAGCACGAGUUCAAGCAGCGCCAGUAUAAACAAGAAACAGCAGAAAUACCGCUCGAUCAUUUCGGAUAUUUUCGAUGGCAAGCUUUUAUCGUCCGUUCAAUGUUUGACUUGUGAUCGCGUUUCAAGUUGUGUCGAAACAUUCCAAGACCUUUCCCUUCCCAUACCGUCACGGGACCAUUUGGUUGUGCUUCAUGGUCGUACGACAGGUCCAACAGCGACAUGUUCAGAGGCCGUAAUUCCAAUGAACGAAGGUUGGAUUUCAUGGAUUUUGGCGUGGCUGAAGUCUUGGUUUUACGGCCCUGUUGUGACACUGCACGAUUGUUUAGCGGCCUUUUUCAGCACCGAUGAAUUGAAAGGGGACAACAUGUACAGUUGUGAGAAGUGCAACAAGUUACGGAACGGUAUUAAGUUUAGUAAAGUGCUCCAAUUACCCGAAGUACUUUGUAUUCACUUGAAGCGAUUUCGACACGAGUUGAUGUUCAGUAGUAAAAUUUCUUCGGCGGUCAGUUUUCCCUUAAAGGGUUUAGACAUGCGACCGUAUCUUCAUACCGAUUGUAUUUCGAAAGUUACAACUUAUGAAUUGUUUUCGGUUAUUUGUCAUUAUGGUACAGCCGGUGGUGGGCAUUAUAUUUGUUAUGCGUUAAACGGUGGGCAAUGGUACGAAUUCGAUGAUCAGUAUGUAACUCGGGUGCCACCCGAAAAAGUCCAGUCGUGUGAGGCCUAUGUUUUGUUUUACCGAAAAGUGACCAAUACGGCCGACGAAAUUAGGAGUAAGGCGAUCAAGUUGGCGAAAACGCAUUCCACGGAACCGCACGAGGUGGCCUACAUUUCUAAACAGUGGAUAAGCAGAUUCAAUACUUGUGCGGAACCGGGCGCCAUCGACAACUCGGAUUUUCUGUGCCAACACGGCUCCUUCCACCCGGACCGCGAAAUCGUGUUCGAACGUCUAGCUGUAGCUUUACCUUUGCCCGUCUACGAAUACCUCCACAAAAAAUUCGGGGGUUGUCCCCCUGUCACAAGUAUCAACAUUUGUCCGGCGUGUCUAGCCUUCAAUAACCGACUUUUAUUCGAAAUGGAAACUUUCGUUCAACUAAACCGCGAAAUGCAAAACAAGGAUGUUCCUUUAACACAUCUCAUUUCCACUUCUUGGUACACGCAGUGGCACAAGUUCGUCCAGAAGCGAGCCGCGGAUGCGCCGGGUCCUAUCGACAACUCGAAAAUCAACAUGAAUCAAAUUGACGUGAACGAAUGUGCGGAAAUAACCGAAGGGAUUUGGAAUUUCUUCUUUAAUAUUUAUGGGGGAGGGCCUGAGUUGAGGCUCCGUCCGAAGAGUUUGCAUCGGACGGAGAGCGAGUCAAGUCUGCCGAGCGAUGGAGGAGAACAAACGAAGUUUGUGAUACCAGCUUUGAAGAAAGAGAAAGUUGAUACGAUUGAUAAGAGUGUUUAUUGUUCGGGGGAACCCAUGGAGGUCGAGGAGAUUGAAGGGGAGAAUGAGUGUAAUGGAUUUGCGGAAGAAGGGGAUUCACCUAGUGAUACUUUACCUAACGGUAUUUGUGCUAUAAGUCAUUCUAAAUUAGCUAACGUUGACAACGACGUUAGUGACGACGAAGUGUGUAAUGUAGAAGUUAAAAAUAGCAAAAGGCACAGGAGACGAAGAAAAGCUUUGUCGAACAUUAAUUAACUCAGAUUUUUUGUACAUAAAGGUUUGUAUGUUAUUGAAGCAAUAAAUGUUGGGUAUUUUUAUCGACUAUUGUUGAUUAAUGGGAGUCACUAGUACAAAAAUUGCUACCGGGAGGCUAUUAAAGAUUGUGUCAAUUGACACAGUUUUUAAAAACCACUCUGUAUUUUCAAAUGCCAGGCCAGUAAAGCUUGAUUUUUGGCUCCCAUUAGUUGAUGGCAACCUUUUGACAGUUAUUUAAACUGGCGCCCUCGGUCCAUCCAGUGGUACCGACUGUUAACACAUUUUUUCGUUGGCCAAUUGUCUGAUGAGGUGAAUUUUUGUGGCUCCUGGCGGCCCGUUUUUUGUUUUUCGCUGAAAACUUCCAAGAAAUCGUUGGAAAAAAGUGAUACAUAAUUUUCGUUUUUAAGUUUCGAUGGAUUCAUUAAACUUAUAAUAACCACUCAUAAUUAUUUUUUGUUAUCGAAUUUCUGCCGUAAAUUUUAAUGACAGCGAUCAACGAAAAAAUGUAAUCAACUCAUUUGCUAAUGGGCGAUUAAUUCCGCUAUUUGAGCAUCGCUGAUUAAUCGCCCCGUUAACAAGUCAGUUUAUUGAAUAAAAAUAGCACAGGGUCUACUUAUCAAUUGGUUUGUUUGCAUUUAGUAUUUUUGACGCGGGCGGAAUGUGAUAAGUUCGUUUAGUAAGAUCGUGUAUUUGUUUAAUUGUCGACGUUGUGUUAAUUUAUUAAACGGCGACAAUCACUGAUUAAGUUACGCCAACCUUGCUCUAUUUAAGUGGGUGAAAAGUGGAGUGUGGGUUAUAAAAAUUAAGUAUUUUUGAAAUAAAAAAGCCAAACUAAUUUUAAGAAAGUGUAUAUAGUGUGUAAUACAAAGCGUAAGUGGGGCAAAUAUUUUUCCAUGCCAAAAAAUCUUAUAUAUUUGUGCAAUUAUUAAGAGAAAUAUAGAAAUUUUACUCCUGUAAUUGUACAUAGUCUAAUUUUGUUUGUAUCAGGUUUAUGUAGGUGUUAUUACAUAAGUCACUUAUUAGGAACAUUGUAAUAAUGGUUACGUUGCUUGAGUUCCUGGCUCGUCCAACGGACAGGAUUUUAAACAAUUAUUUCAAUUAUUAUUGUUAUAGAAUAAAACAUCAUUUUUCA